AGGGGUCUAUAAUUAGCUGAAGCUUUGAACCUUUCUAGUGUAUAAAGGCCUUUGCUUGAUGACUUUGUUUUGCUUCACUUUAGGUUCAAAGACCUUAAACCCUUUAAAUCUUUCACUCCUUUAAAGAAAAACAAAAAAGAUAUACAUAAAUAAACAAAAGAGCUUUCGUUUAUGUCUACUAACAGUAAAAGCUCAAAUAAUACUAGUUCUAGUGAAGAUGAUGCUAAUGAGCUCAGAAGAGGGCCUUGGACUGUUGAAGAAGACACGCUUCUCAUUCACUACAUCACUCGCCAUGGUGAAGGCCGAUGGAAUUUGCUAGCUAAACGUUCAGGAUUAAGGAGAACUGGUAAGAGUUGCCGACUGAGAUGGCUAAACUAUCUGAAACCAGACGUCAAGCGUGGGAACCUUACUCCUGAGGAACAAAUCUUGAUCCUUGAUCUUCAUUCCAAAUGGGGAAACAGGUGGUCCAAAAUAGCACAGUAUCUACCAGGAAGAACUGAUAAUGAAAUCAAGAACUACUGGAGAACAAGGGUGCAAAAACAAGCUAAGCAUCUCAAAAUCGACACGGAAAGCGCGGCCUUUCAAGAAAUCAUCCGGCGAUUUUGGAUGCCAAGACUGCUUCAAAAGAUUGAACAUUCCUCAUGUUCACCCAUGCCAAUUGUCCAAAGCUCAUCAGCAGUAGUUCCUAUGCCUAGUGACACCACUAGCGGUUCUCAGCAAUACUAUGGCUCAUCAUCGACACAUUUACUUUCUGGCCAUUGUAGCCUCAACAUCUCUGGUUUGACUGUGAAUGAGCAGAGUUCGGACUCAUCAGAAUCUAUGAACUUUUGUCAGAAUUCUCAGUUCCAUCAAUACCCAAGUAGUCCUUUUCAGCCUCCUAACUUGGUUCACAAUAAUAAUGGCUAUAACGCAUUUUUAGAGGGGUGCUCUUAUGGUGGUGGUGACAAAAAUGGCUAUGACAAUAACAUGAAUGUCUCGAACUCCAACCAGUCAACUGUUUUAGAAGGGGGUCUUGCGAACCCUGUUGAGAGUUUCCACGUGGCAGGAAUCAAUUGGCCCGAUAAUGAUUUCUUUGCUGGCGUGUGGAACAUGGAUGACCAAUUAUGGCAGUACAGGAGCUAACUAAGAGAAAAUGUUUUUUUUUUUUUUUAAAAAAAAGUUCUUGUUAAUCUAUAAUUAAUGAUUAUUAAGUUGUAGACUUUGAAUAGAUUUUUUUUUUCUAGCUAAUCAUCAUAUCAAUCCUCAUCAAAUGGGGCCAUUUGUGAAUUUUUCUAUAGAAACAAGUUUUUUUUUUUUUUGAGCAAAGAAACAAGAAAGUUGAUGCAAAUUAUUACAUCAAAAACAUUUUCACUUACAAGUUGUGUCAUUUUAUAAAUACAAUGAAAUUUUAUUUUUAA